AUGUUGAUAUUAUCCUAUCUCCUAACGUUAUGUCAAGGGUUACCUGUCGCACCUUCACGAGUUGGUGGCUAUCAAGUAGAGUUAUUUCUUCAUGUAUUGCGUGCAUUUCUCAUUCCUUAUUUCGCAGUGCUGACCCUAUCAGCCCUUCCAUUAUUUUUUAUGGAAUUGGUCCUGGGACAGUUCCACCGACAGGGACCAAUAACGAUAUGGCGAAUUGUGCCGUUAUUUAAAGGUGUUGGCUAUGCAUCAUGUUUCAUGUCAUACAUCGUGGCAUUUUAUUACAAUAUUGUAAUCGGAUGGAGUUUUUACUACCUUUUCUCAUCAUUCACUACGUCGCUGCCCUGGAUGACCUGCAACAACAAAUGGAACACGAAAAAUUGUUGGCAACUUGAUUGGUUCAACGAAACAACACUACUGUCCAACGUCACAUAUAACUCAAGUGUCUCGGUGUCCUCCACAACGGAAUUCUUCGAACGUGAAGUUUUAAGUAUCCACCAUAGUAACGGUAUUGAUGAUCUUGGCUAUAUCAAAUGGCAACUGGCUCUCUGUACUCUAACGACAUUCACUAUCCUGUACUUUAGUCUGUGGAAAGGCGUGAAGAGUUCAGGAAAGGUAUGGAUUGAUGCCGCUGUUCAGAUCUACUUCUCUGUGGGAGCCGGAUUCGGAGUGCACAUCGCUUAUUCUAGUUAUAACAAGUUCAAGCACAACUGUUACAGAGAUUGUUUAAUAACUGCCGUAGUAAACAGUUUUACAAGUAUCUUUUCCGGCUUUGUCAUUUUCUCCUACCUCGGCUACAUGGCCUUUAAGACGAAUAAAGAUAUAUCAGAGGUAGCCACAGAAGUUUCUGUGGUUGUUCAUGCCCAGCUAGUAAGCCUUCAUAAUACCUCUCUACUAAAUUCUCGUAGUUUCACCUGUUUUGUUCGGCGUUACCGAUCUGUCUGUCUAUCUAUCUACCUACCUACCUACCUAUCUAUCUAUCUAUCUAUCUAUCUAUCUAUCUAUCUAUCUAUCUAUCUAUCUAUCUAUUUUUGUGUCUGA